AUGCCACACUUUGGAAAAUUAAAAAAACAAGACAAGGAACCCCAUUAUCUGCUAGAAAGAACUGUUGGCUCCUGCAAAGAUGAACUUUUAGAAGUCACCAUUGACAGUGGUCAUCGGCAAUCACAGCUACCCAACCCAGACGACCUGACAACUUGCCCUUGGGUGCUUGUCCCAUUGGCCCGUUACACAGCAGUUCACCUUAUCUCUGCCCUCCUGCUUUUCCCCAUGGCAACAGGGCUCUUCAUGAUCGAAAUAGUCGAAUUCUACUUGAAAGAAAUACGCUACCGAGAGACGGGUUUCGGAAUAUGGGCGGGCGUGCCUCUCGUUUGCUCUGCUUUUCUUGCCGCUGUACUCUACUGGCAGCCACGCCGGCGUCAUUUAGCUCUCGUAUCCAUGGCGGCAGACUUGCUUGGUCAAUUAGUUGGCACAACUGUGCUCAUCGUUUGGAUCUCCGACCUCUUGAAUGCUUCGGCCAAAGCACCGGCUCCAGUCGACCCUGCUGACGUCUGCCUACUAGCAGCCACAAUACUAGGGAUUGUGACCAGUUUAGGGCACAUGUCCUAUAGCAUAAAUUACAGUUGCCGGUGUGCCAGGAAUGGAAAAUCAGUAAAUGAGGAAAUGAGGCUCUCCGGCUAG